AUGGCUCAAAUAAUUCCCGAACCACUUUCACAAAAACCAGGUAUUCAAUUAAUCAAGGCUGGAUCACUUGAAAUGGUUCCACUUGGUGAAACAUACAUGUGUGCUGGUCUAAAAUCGAAUAUCAUCGAUGUUCCAAUUAGCAAUCAGAAAGAGCAAUUAACUAUGGGUCAUUUUGAAAUGCGUCCAUCACCGAACGAUUUUCCCUUCUUUUAUGAAUAUUUGGAAGUGAAAACAGUUGUUAGUGGCACUAUUGUUGUCAAAGAUGAAGAACAAAAACGAUAUGAAGCUCAUGUUGGUGAUGUCUUUAUAUUUACGCCACCAUAUUUAGUCAUAUUUCUAGCUGAAUCAGAUGGUCGUGCUGUUUACAUGGGUCAUCGUGGAGCAGAACCAUCGUUUCUACCAGGCUACCAAGGUGGACCAAUCAACACACCCGGUAUCAAUGAUAAAUAA